AGGAGCUGAGCGCAGCAAGUUACCCGCUCUUCUUCGUUUUCUUCUCUGCUUCCCCGAUCUCCAAUGGAGUUGAGUAAUGGAGGUGGAUGGCGAAUGGUAAUGGUGCUAUAUGUCGCGGUCUCGAUGGUGGGAUCAGGGUGGUGUUCGAAGUUCGACGAGCUCGUGCAGCCGAGCUGGGCGACGGACCACGUCAUUUACGAAGGGGAGCUUCUCAAGCUCAAGCUCGACAACUCCUCCGGCGCUGGAUUCGUCUCCAAGAGCAAGUAUCUUUACGGCAAGGUCACUGCAGAGCUCAAGCUGGUGGAAGGCGACUCCGCGGGCACCGUCACUGCAUUCUACAUGUCAUCGGAUUGGGUGAAUCACAACGAGUUCGACUUCGAGUUCCUGGGGAACAGGACGGGGGAGCCGUACCUGGUGCAGACCAACCUGUACAUCAACGGGGUGGGCGACCGGGAGCAGCGCAUGGACCUGUGGUUUGACCCCACCGCCGACUUCCACGCCUACUCCAUCCUGUGGAACCCGCGGCAGGUGGUGUUCCUCGUGGACGACACCCCCAUCCGGGUGUUCUCCAACCAUGAGAACCGCGGCGUCGCCUUCCCCCGCGACCAGCCCAUGGGGGUCUAUAGCUCCAUCUGGAACGCCGACGACUGGGCCACCGAGGGCGGGCGGGUCAAGACCGACUGGUCCCACGCUCCCUUCGUCGCCACCUUCCGCGGCCUCCGCAUCGACGGCUGCGAGUGGGCUCCCGAAGCCGGGGCCCCGGCGGAGUUGCGGCGGUGCGGCGGGAGCGGGUGGGGGAAGGAGGGCCGCUACUGGUGGAAGGAGAAGGCGAUGGAGGCGCUGAGCGUGCACCAGAGCCACCAGCUCAUCUGGGCCCGGGCCAACCAUCUGGUCUACGACUACUGCAACGACCCUGGCAGGUUCGCGACUCACCCUCCCGAGUGUGGGAAAUAAACCCGGUUCUGCUCGCACUUCCACUGCUUGUACAAAAGACCCCCCUUUUGUUCACCGUUUAGCUUGUAAGUAUCAUGUCUUGUGUGCUUCUCGUUAUCAGUGACUUGGUCGUUGGAUGUAUCAAAGUUUAGGGAGUAGAGAAAGGUGCUUUCGUCUUGUUUAUUGGUGAUGUUGGAUCGCAGUGCAUUGAUUGACGUGCAAUUUGGUUACAUCACAGUUCACAGUUCACAGUUCACAGUUCACAGUUCACAGUUCAAUACAAUUCGAUAAUUUGGACGGCUACAGUGAAGAUAAGGCAGCCCAUGCAACAUCUGCGGGCUUUUUGUCUACUAGUAUGUGUGCAUGUAUGUCCAUGAAUGUAUACAUGUCCAUGUAUAAGCCCAAACGAACAAAUCCCAGGAACACUCUGGCCCGUUCCCGUUUCAACGCCAUUGGAAAACGCUGUCCGAUCUGUUGGGCGAACAAGAAGCCCUAGUCGACGAGUCCGUCUCUUUCUCGUGCAUCGAUCCGAUUCAAGCUCCCCAAGUGCGAAUCAUGGAUUUGGAGCGCUCGGUAAUGGCUCACGGCAAGGCGGCACCUGCUGUCCAGGCUUCCUUCCUCGCCGGUAGAAUCUGGCGUAGGAGGUGGAUUGCUUGUGGGUAUGUUGGCUAGCUUCCUGAGAAAAUGUUGCUAAAUGGGCUUCAUUGUUCUUGGUCUAAGAGACCCUAAGAGGUUAUGAGGAUGCACUAACCCUUUAUAGAUGGAUGCGCAAAAGUGUCGCACGACUUAGGCAAAUCCAGUUAAAUCUAUGACAAAUUGCAUGAAAAACAUUCCUUAUUAUUUUGCUAUUGAUUAAAGAUUGUUAUACCAACAAUGGGUUUUCCUUGAUGCAAGCAAUCUCAUCAGCUUGGAGGUGGCACUCAUCCAGAUCUUAAGCACUUCCAGGGACCGGAUUACAUAUAGAUGACUAAUGGAAAACUUUGAAGGUUCAGGACAUCAACUAGGGGAGAGGCUCUGGUGCAUGCUUCUGUUGAGAGAUGCAGUUUCUUUUCAGUGAUGCUGCAGCCUGUUUUGUAGAUCAGAAUACCUUCGUUUGUGUCACUGAGAAGAUCAAGCUGAGCUUGAACCUAAGCUUCCACAAUGGCACAGGAGAAAAAAGUUACUUACUACUCUCUCAUUUUGUCACCUCAAAUAAUCCUGGAAGUCAGUUGGUUGGCAGACAUCAACAGCAGCACACAAUAUGGUGACUAAUAACGCCCAUCAAAUCUGUAUUUGCCAAGCUAAUGGGAGAGGUAACAACUCCAUUCAUAAGACACCGAGUUAUCAUCAAUUACUGUCUUGGGAUAUAUCUUGUGGACAGUAUAUAAAUGUGUGUUGAAGUAUGUAAUCUCCUACUUAUCGUGAGGUAUCGUGGAAGCCGUGUUGACCCGGGGUUCCAAGAAAUGGCAAGCGCUCGCAUCUUAUCUACACGUGGCGGCAGUGCACGGUGCGCUGGGUCAACUCCUCCACCUUGCAGCACUCACCAACAUCACAGAGCUGUUGUCGCCACCAUAUAUGCCCUGCACUGUGCCCGCGUCUCCUCCUCUUUCUUCCUCAGCCUUCUCUUCUGAUGCCCGUCGUUCCAAGAUUCACUUAAAACAUUGUCAUCGUUAUUACAUGCAUGCAUGUAACUUUUCUUUACUUUUUAUCCUCGGUUAGCGGUAGAAAAGAAAAGACUCGAUUGGUAUGUAGAUUGAAGUCAGUGGUGACGAUUAAGACGUCCAAUAUCGUACAUUAGGUAUGGACGAAACGGAGGAUGAUACGGCGUGUUUAGUAAAUGAUUUUGACAUUUCCGUGGCCGUUCUGCCCAUUGUUAA